UUACCCUCCAACUUCAACUCAUUUCGCCGAGUGAGAGACGAAAUUUUAUGCCAACGACAUAAAAAUAAACGACUCGCUGGAUCUUCACGUUUUUUUUAAAUUUUACACGCAAAUUAAUUAUUCGUGGAUUUGACGUGUAACAAUGGAGCAAGGUAUUGCCGGAAAACCUCAAAGGGUGCCUAAAGUGGCAAAGGUGAAGAACAAGGCGCCUGCUGAGAUCCAAAUCACUGCUGAACAGUUGUUACGUGAGGCGAAGGAACGAGAUUUGGAAAUUGUGCCGCCUCCCCCAAAGCAGAAAAUCUCUGAUCCUGAAGAAUUAGCGGACUAUCGACUUAGAAAAAGGAAAGGGUUUGAAGAUAGCAUCCGGAAAAAUCGAGGUCAGAUUGGAAAUUGGCUUAAAUAUUCAAAGUGGGAGGAGUCUCAAAAUGAAAUUCAGCGAGCAAGGAGUGUGUACGAGCGAGCAUUGGAUGUUGAUCAUAGAAAUGUCACACUUUGGCUUCGAUAUGCGGAGAUGGAAAUGCGAAAUCGUCAAGUUAAUCAUGCAAGAAAUUUGUGGGAUCGGGCCAUCACUAUUAUGCCAAGAGUCAGUCAGUUUUGGUACAAAUAUACUUACAUGGAGGAAAUGCUCGGCAACAUUGCUGGAUGUCGCCAAGUUUUUGAAAGAUGGAUGGAAUGGCAUCCAGAUGAACAAGCAUGGCAAACGUACAUUAAUUUUGAACUUCGAUACAAGGAAAUUGACAGAGCGCGACAAAUUUAUGAAACAUUUGUGUUUACUCAUCCGGACAUCAAGCAUUGGAUCAAAUAUGCACGAUUCGAAGAGAAGCAUGGUUUUAUUCGAUCUGCGCGAAAAGUGUAUGAGAGAGCUGUUGAGUUUUACGGAGAAGAUUACAUGGACGAGAGGCUGUUUAUAGCAUUUGCCAAAUUCGAAGAAAAUCAGAGAGAGCAUGAAAGAACGCGUGUUAUUUACAAGUAUGCUUUGGAACACAUUCCAAAGGAGCGAUCUCAAGAUUUAUACAAGGCCUACACUAUCCAUGAAAAGAAGUAUGGCGACCGUGCUGGGAUUGAAAACGUGAUUACUUCCAAACGAAAGUUUCAGUACGAAGAAGCAUUGAAAGAUAACCAGUACGACUAUGACACUUGGUUCGAUUACUUGAAACUUUUGGAAACUGCACCUGAAAUUGAUGCUGACGUCGUACGUGACACCUACGAAAGAGCAAUAGCUCAGAUUCCUCCAGCGAAAGAGAAAACCUAUUGGAGACGAUAUAUUUAUAUUUGGAUAAAUUAUGCACUGUUCGAAGAAUUGGAAGCUGGUGACGUAGAACGGACAAGAAGCGUGUACAAAGGAUGCCUUGAACUUAUCCCUCACAAAAUAUUUACGUUUGCAAAAGUUUGGUUGCUGUAUGCUCAAUUUGAGAUUCGUCAAAAGAACUUGGUUCAUGCUCGAAAAACAUUGGGAAUGGCAGUCGGGAUGUGUCCAAAGGACAAGUUGUUCCGGGGAUAUAUCGACUUGGAAAUUCAACUGCGAGAAUUCGAUCGAUGCCGAAUCCUUUAUCAAAAGUUUCUUGAAUUUGGACCAGAGAAUUGUACCACGUGGAUGAAGUUUGCCGAACUUGAAUGUCUUUUAGGAGAUGUAGAACGAGCGCGAGCCAUUUAUGGAAUUGCUGUAACUCAGCCUAGACUGGACAUGCCUGAAAUAUUAUGGAAAACCUACAUUGACUUUGAAAUUGAACAAGGCGAGACUGAUAGGGCCCGAGAGUUGUAUUACCAGUUGCUUCAAAGAACUCAACACGUCAAGGUUUGGUUGAGUUUAUCUCAUUUUGAAAUGGGAGUUGGGGAUGAAAAUUCUACAAGUCGGGCAAGAAAGGUAUUUGAGAAGGCCAACGACAAACUCAGAGAUACAGCAGAAAAAGAAGAACGAUUGAUGCUGCUUGAGGCAUGGAAGGCAUUCGAGUACGAGCACGGAAAUCUGGAAAGUCAGACCAAAAUUGAGGAAAGGAUGCCUCGCAAAAUUAAGAAAAGGAGGAAGAUUGAAACAACGGAUGGCUCCGAAGCUGGUUGGGAGGAAUACUUUGACUACAUAUUUCCAGAAGAUGAAGCGGCGAAGCCUAAUCUCAAGUUGCUGGCAAUGGCUAAAAUGUGGAAGAAGAAAAAAGAUUUUCUACCUGAACCUGAAGCAGCAGAAAUUCAUAAAACCCUAGAUAAUAUUACAUCCGCCGCAGAAAAUCCUCCGCAAGACCAUCCAGAAGACGUAGAAAUUAAAUUCGAAUCCAUGUCACCUACUCAGCCGAACGAAAUACAAGAAAUAACAAACAAUCCCGACGAAAUCGACAUUGACUCCGCACAGGACAUGGUGCAGCAGCCCGAUGUAGCUAGCGAAGAAGCGGAAGCCAGUCCUCCAAAUGUACCCACAUCUACUACUUCUUCUUCCUCUGUUCAAAAGAGAAAGGCUGAAGAACCACUGGAUCGAGAUGAUAGCAGCUCCAGUUCAAGUAGCGGAAGUGGCAGUUCCAGUAGUUCCAGUAGCAGUGAAAGCGACGACGAAAGCAAGACCAAGAAAAAACGCGUUGCAAAAACGAAAGAUGGUUCCAAGCAAAAAAGAAGUAAAAGUAGUAGCAGUAGCUCAAGCAGCAGCAGCAGUAGUUCAAGCUCGAGUUCUUCCAGUGAUUCGGAUGAAAAGUGAAAUUUAUCAUUUAUUUUUAUUCAAUAAAAUUAAAUAACAAAAGUUCAUAAAAGUAUAACUAAAAAAAUUAUAAAUGUCUAGUUUUAAAUGACGCAACAAAAGUUGUGUCAUAUGAUUGAGUUACAUAUUAUUUUUACUCAACUAACACAAUGUUAUGUAGUAUAUGUAACAUGUUUGUAAGUACUUUCAGACAAAUGGUCCAUUAUCAUAUCGUUUAUAUAGAUUUUAUCUGUAUCCAUUACACAAUUUUUAUAAUAAGUAAAUCUCAGACAUUAAAUUAUUGUUGUCAAAGUUUCGUUACGUUGAAAUAAAAAUUAUUCAAACUUGCCAA